AUGGAGGCUUUAGCGGCCUUGUCCCUCGUUUGCAACGUUCUGCAGCUUCUCGAAAUAGCCAUCAAGGCUCUUAAAAUCUGCAAAGAGCUCCGUGAAUCUGGAAAGGGCCAACUUCGAGAGCACAGCGACGCAGAGACAAGUGUCAAUGACCUCAUCACGGCAAUGGAAGAGUGCACCGCGACCCCCCCUGAUCCAAGUCAACAGAUUGACGUGCAGAUUCGACGCGCCGUCCAAGAUUGCAACAAUACGAGCCAGGAAGUAUUGGAAACCCUGAGACUCUGCCAGAUACUGCGCUAUCUUCCAAGGUUACAAGGCAACACGAAGUCCAACCUGAAAACCCUGAAACGUAUCGAGGAUCAGCUGCAGAAACUUCUGACGUCGUCCACAUCUCACGAGCUGGCCAGAAGCAUCGAGACUUUUCAAGCUGUACAAAAGGGGUUCCCUCGCCUUCUUGAGCACAUGUACCAGCAAGAGGUUCUCGCAAGCCUGCGACAGCAAGACGCGACGAGAGGUUCUCGCCUCAACGCCAUUGUGCGAGCAACAAGUUCCACUCUGAACUGGGUCUUUGCUUCGUCUGCAACAGAUCGCCCGGGAACUCGGGCUAAAUAUCACGCGACAUUUGUCAGCUGGCUCCGCGAGGGUAGCGGGUUCUACCACUUCCAAGGCAAACCUGGGUCCGGAAAGUCCACGUUGAUGAAGUCCGUUGUUUACAACGCUGACACGAAGAGCUGCCUGAGCUCCUGGGCCGGCGACAAGCCCCUUUGUCUAGCAUCGUACUUCUUCUGGAAGCCAGGAUCAAUGCUGCAAAAGACCAUCAUAGGUUUGGUGAUUAGUCUCGUGUACGAUAUCAUCGAGAGCUUUCCUCCUCUCGCAGAAGUAGCCUUUCCUGGAUAUUGGGACCCAGAAAGCCAUCAUCUCGACUGGCUUUCGAAGACAGCGAUUUAUGUACCUAUCGGACAUGAUGCAAUUAUGGAAGGCUUUCAAAAACUCAUCACGCAUCAAGGGCCCGAACAUCCCAAGUUUUGCUUCUUCAUUGACGGCCUCGACGAAUAUGACAAUACUAGCGAAGAUAUGGCACUCGGACGACUAGCAACCCUGCUUCAGGAGUGGGUUGAAGUUUCACUGGGGAAUAUGAAAAUUUGCGUCGCCAGUCGAGAAUACCAAGAUUUCUCAGACAUGGCAGACAAACACCAUCGGAUUAGGAUCCAAGACUUUACAUACCGAGAAAUUAAACAACAUGUUACGAGCAGCCUGAUGAAGAAUAAGCGAUUCCUCAAGCUCCAGUUUGUUGAAGGCAAGAGUUGCCGCGAAUUGAAUGACAAAGUUGCAGACCAGGCUGAGGGAGUUUUUCUCUGGGCGACAUUAGUCCUGCCGAGGAUUCACACGGCCCUUGAUGAUGACUUUUCGAUACCAAGGAUACUCAACAUCGAGACACCAAAGAAGAUGGAAGUGUUUUUAGAUUCCAUACUUGACAACAUCAAGCCCGAACAACAAUACAAGGCGCACCUACUAUUAGCAAUUGUACUCCGUUGGAAAGGCUAUCUACUCUCAGGAAGAUACACCGGCCCCCGUGUCACGCGUCUUUUCUCCCUCGACAUUGCCGUCUUAUUCGAAGGGUUGCGCAUCUCAGCAGAGCUUCCUGACGAUUUGACGUCGAGCUUUGUGCUGCCUGAUGACGUUGAUGCCUGGCUCGACCGUCACACGACGAACAUUGAGACGAACGUGGACAUCAUGAAUGAGAUCCACUGCGAAAACCAGACACACUUGCAACUUAGACUUCCACGCCACGAAGACGGCUCAGUUCGUGCCGGGAUUCAAGGCUGGAAGUUGCGCGACUUCAUAACCCACGCCAACCCCACAAUAUGCGUGCUCUCCAUGCCUACCUGGACAACGCCGAAGAUGAGCGGUGGGAAAGGAUCUACGCGGAGGAGAAAAAGCAUGCGCCGAGAUAGACACGCUGAAGGAAGACGGCAUGCCGAUGAUUGGAAUGCGAGGGAAAAUAUCGUCGGCUUCAAUGACGAAGACUCGUCCUGCCCAGGCAUCACUUUUGUCGCAAUGUUGUUGCUAUGGGUCUCGGUUUUUCUUCACGAGUUGGCCCAGGAAGGCUUCCAAGUGAGCUUCUAA